UGUUCACAUCGUUUCCGCGCGUCGGUCCGGUCGUGUUUUUCGUGUGUGAGAAAAAGGGUCGCGCGCCGGUUCCGGAUUGCAGUCGCGUGCGGCGGGGUUUCCGCUAAUCCGUUGGAAAGCAGCAUUGUUGUCUUUUCGUUCUGCACUGAAUGUAUCGAAAGUUUGGAUCGGAUGGAGGGAUGAUUUUUUGAAAUGGCCAUAUGGUGUUGUUCUAAACUGAAGCCGGUCACUAAUUGAGGAAGUUUGGUGAUGAAUUGAUAAAGAAUGGCCGCUCGGUGUGAGUUCUGUUUCGUGGAAGCUUUGAUAGCUACGGUUCAGUUAGUUCGAUUGCGAACUUGAAACAAAGAAGGAGCGAGUUUUGAAGUGCGUUCGUGCCGAGUGGAAGAUGCAGAAAUUAUACGUAGAAACGCUAUAAAUCGCGCAGCCUUUGUGGAUGUAUUUAUAAUAAGAGAACUAAUUGGCACACGUUCAGAUAGUGACGAAAAAAAAAUAAUCAGGAUGCAAAUCCACAAGGAUAAACUACCGUCAGCGCAGCGACGAUAACUUGUCUCGUCACAAAGCAUCCCACUCAGCAGCAGUAGCCGUAGCAGCAGCAGUUUGUUUUUCUUCCAUUCUGUCAGUCAGUGCCUACUUUGAUGGUUUGUCUUUUGCGAAUCAUAAUUGAAAUGUGAGUGAAAGUUGCUGAAUCGUGGAAAUGUGGUGUUCAUCGUGUGCAUAGAAAAAAAAAACGGAAGAAUAAAAAAGCGACCGAGAAAGUUCUAUUCCAACUACUGUGCGCCAUCUGCGGUUAAAAGCUAGAAGAAAAAAAUGUUGUGACGUGAUGAGAUUUUUGUUUUCUCUGUGUCAUGUGCUUCCUUCUGUGAGGAAAUCCUUCGUCAUUGUGAAUUUGUCGAGUGUAUGCCGUAAUGUGAAGCUUAGUGUGCUGAUUGUCGGAGAGAAAUCGCUUUGAAAGAUGGGCAAUUCUUCGUCCUCCUCGAAAAGUGAGAAAGGAAGGAAAUGCCGCAGCUUGCCGAAUUCGCCCGAUGUGAGAAGACAACUACCGGUGCCCUACGCCAAACCAGGGAUCAAUGGAGGUACGGCUAUUCCUUUGCCGGCGACCGUUAUGGUCGCCCGGCGAUGUCCACCGGAUAAAGUGCGACCGUUACCACCGACCCCGAACCAGCAGACGGGACUCCAUCCGGGGCUGCAAAAGCACACACUCGUUGGAAGCAUCGGCAGCGGCGGCGCCGGUGGUGGUGGCGGUGGACUCAGCGCUGGAAGUGGAAACACCCCCCUCGAUGGCAACAGCUGCCCUGGGAGUCCGCAGCAUAAUGGGACGGCGAUAAUAACGCAGAUCCCGAAAGGCGGCAGCAGUCUCCGCCUGCCGCAGUCCACCUGCAAGAUCCCAGCUAGCCCGUAUGCGACCCAAGCUGGCAAUGGCAAUCACAACAACAAUAAUCCAAACAACAACAACAAUAACAAUCUAAACAACGUGAUCCUAGUUCCGAAUGGAAACGUUACCAAUCUGCCCAGUCCAGCCGCGAACAGUGGCAACGGGGGCGGUCAGCAGAAGCAAUCGAUGCUAGAGAAGCUAAAACUGUUCAACAGCAAAGAUAAACAGGAUAAGACUGCCAAAUCUACCACAUCGAAGCGAACGAGUUCCAGCAGUGGAUUUUCCUCCGCCCGAAGCGAGCGGAGUGAUUCCAGCCUCAGCCUGAACGAGGGACCAGUGGGAAAGAUUAAAGAAUCGGGGAUCAAAAAAACGGACACUGCCAAACUGUCAUCAUCAUCAUCGAAAUCAUCGAAGCUUAUCUCGUCCAAGUCCAGCUCGAAGGAUGCUGGAUCAAAGGUUUCAGGAAAGUUGGUCGAUAAAGGGAAGAGUAAGGACCAGCUCGAGACGCACAUUCCGAUCACGCCAAAAGCGCACAAAAUUCCGACGGCCCUGACGACGUCGACCAACGCCAGCAAUCCAAAGACAGAAUCCAAACUGAAACCUGCCCCAGUGGGAGGUUCGUUGUCGUCGUCGUCGUCGUUGUCGGGUAGCAGAAAACUUGAUACAAAAUCCGAAAGUAAAACUAGUUUACUGCAGCAGCAGCAGCAGCAAACUCAGCCACCGAAAACGGUGGUGGCUCCACCGUCAGUAAGCACUGGGAUUCCGAAACCGAUGGCCGCCGUGAAGGGAACAAGCAAACCACCACCACAGCAGCUUCAGCAGGAAUUCAAGCAAAAGGACGACAUAGCCAAAUUAGACCGGGCACUGGCCGGGUUCGGGGGACUUCAAAACGGAUUAGUUUCACCACAGCACCAUCAACAUCCACCUCCGCAGCAGAACAACAUAUCAAACAACAACAGUGAACGAAUGACGGUGGUGAACCCGAUUAGUGUCAGUGGGAAUAACAAUGUCCUCGGAAGUCCUCUUCACAAGCAGCAUCCCCAUCAGCACCAGAUCCCGAGCUGUAUGAGUGACAGCAUGCACUCCAACUCAACGCAAGGUGCUUCCGUCGGUCAGCACUCUAAUUCCAGCGAAUCUAGUGGUGGUGUUAUCUACAGACCCAGUGGCUCCGAAAGUGGUUCCGAGCAGUUGUCGGGCUUGCACUCCCCUCAAAAAUCAUCACCAUCCUUCCUGUUCAACGAUGUCAAUUUGAACAACGCCAACAACAACAAGUUCAAUACCGUCCCGAACAAAAUUCUGAACACGGGCCAGCAACCGAACGGUACCAUCUACGAGCAGGAGGAAAAACAAAUUACCGUCGUCCCGAUGAGGCCGCUGCUACGCGGUUACAAUAGUCACGUGACAUUACCGACGCGUGGCGCCCGCGGGCAUCUCUUCAUGUCCGAAUACUGCGAAGAUCUAGGAGGCCAGGGUUACUGCAGCGAUGGGGAUGCGUUGCGAAAAAUUCCCGCCCGCUACUCGGACUCUAUCGAGAAUGGUUACCUUUCGGAGGGUGGUGGUGGAGGUGGUGCCGGUGGAGGCAUCAGCAUGCUAACCGCGGCCGGUCGGCAGCAGUACAUCAGUUCGCUGAGGAACCGCACUCCGCUGCCUACUACGAUCGAGGAAAGGUGAGUGGGGAAAUUGAUAAACAUUAGAUUUUUUUUGUUGCAGUGGUUUUAAAUGUUUGCGUGACUGAAGGGUCGGCACCGUUUAGAUUUAAUUAUUCUAGGGUGAGAAAAAAAAAACGAAAUUAUUGUAUAAAAUUUAUAUGUAUUCAAACAUUGAUGACGACUUUUCGUAACUCAACUGAUCGGCUGGCAUACAAGCUUAUUUAUAUCGUUGACCUAAA